AUGUCCUUAUUCGGCACAUCACCAGAGGAAGCCCCUGCGGGCAAUUCAGCCCAAAGAUCCAAGUCCUCGCUUUUUGCCGACGAGCCGGCUACGGGCGGGUCUUCCUCUCUGUUCGCAGAUGACGACGGCGACGACAGUUCCUCUCCGUGGAACAUCCAGAACAACACUGCGAAGAGGACUGCGCGACGCGACCUAGUGCGGACUCUACUUCCUGCCACCGAUGUCCCCGAAAGCUAUGUUGAUGCCUACGAUCUGAUUCUGAACAGCGGGGACAGGGUUGGCUCCGGCAUCGGGCUGACCUCUGUUCGGGAAAUCCUUUCAAGCAGUGGGCUUACUGCAACUGAUCAGAGUAAAGUUCUGAAUCUUGUGUCGUCUGGCGACCAUGAAAGCUUUGGAGGACUCGGUCGUCCCGAGUUCAACGUUCUGUUGGCCCUGGUCGGUCUAGCACAGGAAGGCGAAGAGCUAUCAUUUGAUGCGGUCGACGACCGUCGCAAGAAAUUACCCCAACCCAAGACUGGUUAUCUCGAUCGACUACGUACUGCUGGCGAAACCUCCUCGGAGCAACCUCACCGACCUGCGACUCCUCCCUCCCAAGCCCCUGCAUUACAAAUACCGGGGUCAGCCCAUUCGCGACCCGCGAGACGAGAGUCUCUCAGUGGACUGGAAGCAGACCCGUGGGGUAGUCCACAAUUACACCGAGGCCACCACCACGAGACAUCAGACGCCGAACAACGGGCAUUGAACGGUUACGGGAGUUUGAGGUCAACGAACAAUGCCUGGUCCCACAAGCCCGUUGAGGAGACUUAUCAGGGCGACACAGUUGAGCGGGGACAUCCCAAUGGCGAGUCUCAGGUUCCGCCUCCUAGUAGUUCAGGUUCAGGAUGGGGAAACAACCUGAGCAGUACGGGCCCUAGCCAGCAGAGCGGAUUUGGAAGAGUUGAGGGUCCGGGGCUUGGUGGGUUUGGUCACUCAGAAGAUGACCCCAGUGAGAUCGCACCUCGACGUCGGUCCCUCGGUCUCAGCCGUCCAACAAACCCGCAAGUAGAAGAAACCGUUACAGUGACACUGCUCCCCGAGAAAGAAGGACUUUUCAUGUUCCAGCACCGCAACUAUGAGGUGAAGUCUGCGCGAAGAGGAAGCACUGUCAUUCGACGUUAUAGCGACUUCGUUUGGCUGCUGGACUGUCUUCAGAAAAGAUUCCCAUUCAGGCAAUUGCCCCUUCUCCCCCCUAAGCGGGUGUCAGUCAAUGGCACUCACCUCUCAGCGGAUUCAAAUUCCUUCCUUGAUAAGCGCCGCCAUGGUCUUAUUAGAUUUACCAACGCUCUCGUGCGCCACCCCGUUCUUGGCCAAGAGCAACUGGUUGUUAUGUUUUUGACUGUUCCCACGGAACUUUCGGUAUGGCGAAAGCAAGCUACGAUCUCUGUCCAAGAUGAAUUUGUUGGUCGUGUGCUUCCAUCAGACCUUGAGGACUCAUUGCCUCCAACACUCGACGAGACAUUUGAAACGGUCCGCACUGGUGUGAAGCGGUCCGCCGAAAUCUAUAUCAAUCUUUGCACGUUGCUUGAGCGACUAAGCAAGCGAAAUGAUGGCUUGGCUGCUGAUCAUCUCCGGUUUUCUCUCGCGCUGCAGUCCUUGACCGAAGUGACCAAAGACACGUAUGCUGUUGACACCAAUGAUAUCCCAGCCCUCAACGAAGGUAUCACGGCCACCGCUCGGCACCUUUCUGCUAGUCAGAGUCUGCUUGAGGACGAGGCAAGAGGAUGGACCGAGGGGGUAUUGGAAGACCUGAAGCGUCAGCGUGACUGCUUGGUCAGUGUACGUGAGAUGUUCGAUCGGCGGGAUCGGUAUGCACGGAACAACAUCCCGCAGCUAGAACGUCGCAUCGAAACCAACGAGCGUAAGCUGCAGGAUCUUCGCGCCCGACCCGCAGGUACCGCGAAACCAGGAGAAAUUGAAAAGGUGGAGGAAUCCAUAUUCAAGGACAAAGAAUCAAUUGUGCAGCAGCAUGCACGGGGUGUCUUCAUCAAGGAAUGUCUUCGGGAUGAACUCUUGCACUUCCAAGGAAGCCAGUACCAUAUCAGCAGGCUGCACCAGGACUGGAGCCAGGAGCGGGUCAAGUAUUCGGAAUUGCAGGCAGACAACUGGCGUGGCUUGAGCGAUGAAGUCGAGGGCAUGCCGACGGGCGUCUAG